AUGGAGAAGAUGAUGAAUGAUGAAAUGAUAAUUAAUGAAGAACAUGUCUUAGAUGUUAGAGAGUUUCUACAUUGUUACUCUCGUCUUCGUUAUGCUGCUUACCUCGAUGUGGUUGAACAUUUUUUCAUGGAGGUCUACUCUGAUUUCUUUAGUUCUCAGCCUCUCCAGCAUACCGGAACGGCCGAUCGAUCACGACGUCCCACGGUGGUCGGAGUUGGAUCCUAUGGUAGCCACAGACACUAA